CCGGAGCUAGUACGCAUGCGCGACUGACUUUCAGCGGGAGAAUCUAGACUGAACUCAUCUGAAAGAGCAAGAGCAAAGAAGGUUUCAGAGAAGUUUCUUUACCCAGGAUUGUUGCAUUAUCAGAGGGACUGCCACAGAGGAUGUUGCGAGCAAGACCAUUCAUCCUUCUGUAAAUAAGUUGGGAGAUAUUGUCUUCUACCUGAUAUAGACGCUUUUCAAGUUUUGAAGGUUUGAAAAUGGCAGACAGGCUGAUGACAUACGAGACCCAAUUUUUUGGGUUUUCUCCCCAAACCUGUGUUCUCAGAGUGUCCAGUGGAAUCCAGGAUUCUCUCCUUGAUGUCAUGCUGGUUGUAGAACGAGUCAUUUUCAAGAAACUGAAGGAGAUGCCAGAGAACAGUAUAACUCCAUCUCAGAUCCGUGUCUGCACAGAAAGCUUCCUUCAAGUGAUGAAAGAACGCUUUGACAUGAUCUUCGAGAGGGUUGAGCAAGGGAUUCUGCAACACAUCUUUUACAUUCCUGAAAAUAUUCUGCUUCCUGAGGACAAAGUCCAGGAACAGUACCCAUACACUGAGGAACAGUGCAAGGCCUUGCAGGCAGAAAUAGCUCAGCUUGAGCACAGCUACAGAGGUGAAAUUAUGGCUAAGCAUGAACUUCUGGCAGAGCUGGAAGAACAAAAACUGACUGAGCUGAGACUAGAGCAGAGGAUUCACUGGUUCAACAACCUGGAUAGCACUUGGAAGAGUAAUGCAGUCAGCAAUGUUCCUGAGAGCCUGGCCUUUGUUCGCGAGUUGACUCUAAAGGUCCCAGCUAUGCUGCAGAAAAUUCAAGAGAAAUACAAGGAUGAGCUAAAGCACUCACAAGCAGUCAGUGUGAGUGAGCAGGAGGAAGAAAAGGAAAGCCGAAGUAAGCGGCUUAAACUCUAAUGGUGUUGGGACUGGGUGUUGCAGUGGGUUAGAACACUGACCCUCAUUCCCACCCCAAUCUGAGGGGCUACAAGAUUUCUGGUUGUGAAAGAAACUUGAGAACUCUCCGCAUUUCUCAUGCAAUGGGUCUAGUGAACAAAAAUUGCUUAGAAUUUGGCAUCUUAUUGGUCCUUGUUCGAAGGGCAGGAAACUAGCCAUCCAUUGGAAAAUGAGCAACCAUGUCCAUGAGUGAUGUAUAAAGUGUGACCUUCCGAGGUGGCGAUUGGAAUACGAGAAAGAAUGUUAUCCUGUAUGUACUCUGCAUGAUAGUGUCCUGGCACUUGAGGGACUUGGAUGGUUUGUGUGAGGGACAGUGAGUGUGAAUUGCAGAAAAGUUCCAGAUCCUGUGUUGACAUCAUUCAUCUGUGAACAGACAAUUUAUAAAUAAAACUAGGUGCAUAUACCUA